CAUCUAUAUUUCAGGCUGAUCACAUUUACAAAUGUUGUACUGAUGCAUGACUAGGGCAGGAUCUGGGUCUCUUCCGGCUAUCCUGAUCAGGCAUGCCAUACCGAUACCUGAUCCAGACCUGAUACGACAUCAGGCAGCCUGACCGAAUUUCUGCUAGGGCGAAUCGGGCACCUGGCCGGGACCAAAUCAGGCACCUGACUGGGACUGGAUUAGUCACCUGAUCAGGGCCGCAUGCCAAAUCGCGGUACAUGCCGCAACCAGGCCUGACGCGAUGCCCGUUUUAGGGCAGUUCAGGUUGACAAGCAUGGCACGGGUGUCGCAGUACGACACGAAAUUCUCAAAACGUACGUCGCAACGUGAUAAUAACGACGAGUCUAGUCUGUUUCUAAAUCACGUGAAAUACGGCAAGGAAUAUUUUGUGUGUGUGGAAACGAAAGCUUGUGAGAACUUGGACGGUUGCGAAAACUCGGAGGACGAAGACGGAACGCCGUUGAUACGUCAAAAGUAUAACGAUUCCGUCAUGUCAGAAGAAAGACACAUUUUGCGGAACAGAAGAACAAAUUCCUGGGAUGGGCAUAUGGAACUCAUGACAAAGAACAAAAGACGCAGCUGGCGACGUAUACUGGCUGGCGCUGUUGUUGGACUCGUCAUACUCGCCCUGGUCAUCACGGCAAUAAUUUACCUUGUCGGACAUUCAGAAUCAGCUGACAAGCAGACUCCUGUAAAAGACGGUCUUACACUCGAAGAGUGGUUAAGUGGCUCAUUAUCCACCAAUAGCUUCAAUGGCACGUGGCUCAGUGAUGAAGAAAUCCUGUACAUGGACGAAAGCCGAAAUUUAAAAAUCCAUAACGUGACUUCGAAUUCGUCGACGAUCGUUUUGGAAACCACUAAUUCGGCUCUGGCUUCAAGUUUUCAACAUCAAAUAUCAGCCGAUCGAAAGUACUUACUCUUGGCCUCGAACUACCAAAAGCUCUACAGGCACACCUACCUGGCACAAUACAAGAUAAUCAAUCUGCAGACCCUAACUGAAACAUCCCUAGGGAUUAAUGGAACCUAUAUGUUGCAAUUGGCAGUAUGGGCACCUCAGGGCAAUGCAUUGAUCCACGUCAUACAGAACAACAUAUACUACAGACCGGAAGCGGAAGUCGCUACUGACUACCAGAUAACGACAAGUGGCGUCUUCGGUAGUAUCUACAAUGGAGUACCAGACUGGGUUUACGAGGGUGAGUAAUGAAUAACCACAUCUUGCAUGCUGA